CAAACCGGACAUUAGAUUGCUUACGAGGCUCGCGCCACGCUGCUUAUUUUACUGAAAGCAAGAUGUCGCCGCUCAAAAGAAAACGUGGAAGAGCAAGUCCAGGUGGAGAAAAGGGAAAAAAAGUUAAAUUCGCCGAAAAUGGAGACCAGCCACCAAGUACCACUGUGCAAGAGCGGAGUAAUGAAAUAAUUGUCCCUGCACCUGUUUCCAUGGGCAAGUGGACGAACAAAGAAAGAGUUCUGGUGUUUUCUUCUAGAGGCAUAAAUUUCAGAACCCGACAUUUGAUGCAGGACUUGAGGACUAUCAUGCCGCACACUAAAGCAGAUACAAAAAUGGACAGAAAAGAUAAACUUUUCGUCAUAAAUGAAGUAUGUGAAAUCAAGAACUGCAACAAAUGUCUGUUCUUUGAAGCAAAGAAAAAGCAGGAUCUUUACAUGUGGAUUGCUAAUGUUCCCCAUGGCCCUUCUGCAAAGUUCUUAGUUCAGAAUAUUCACACACUUGCCGAACUCAAAAUGACAGGAAACUGCCUCAAAGGAUCCAGACCCCUCCUCUCAUUUGAUCCUCAAUUUGACAAGGAGCCACAUUAUGCACUGCUGAAGGAAUUAUUCAUCCAGACAUUUUCGACUCCUCAGUAUCACCCAAAAAGCCAGCCCUUUGUGGACCAUGUAUUCACGUUUACCAUAGCAGACAACAGGAUAUGGUUCAGAAACUAUCAGAUCAUUGAGGAGGAUGCGGCACUGGUUGAAAUUGGCCCUCGUUUUGUCCUCAACCUUAUUAAGAUAUUCCAGGGUAGCUUUGGUGGCCCCACCCUCUUUGAAAAUCCACACUUUCAGUCCCCCAAUACGCAUCGACGGUUGAUCCGGAUGGCUACAGCGUCCAGGCUGAGGGAGAAGCAGAUGGUAAAAGAGCUGCAGAAGCUGAAGAGAACAGAGGCAAAGGAAGAUGUGACCAAGGAUGUCACCGCCGAUGUGUUCCUGACACCUGCAGAGGAGAAGCCAGUCCAGAUACAGCUGGAGGCUCCUACUGUCAAAGUUGUUAAAAAGAACAAGCACAAGAAAUUCCAACGACAGAGGAUGCGCUAGUGAAUAAUCCACAAGAACAUUGAGCAAUUUACUUGUUCUAAUGGCGCUCUGCAAGAUGGCAUAUUGGAAAUCUUGACAUAUUACCAUUUGGGAAGAACAUUGACAACAUACCUUGCCUUUGCUAUUGUCUGUUUUUGAAAAUGAUCUAGAAGUAAAAAGAAAAUUAUAACUGCAGCCCAGGAGUCUACACACAUGUUCAGUGCUCCAAUUUUGAUUGUCCAGCAGUCUAUUUAGAUGCUCUAAACAACCUCUGAAAAGUCGCUAUACCUUUUUUCUUUUUUUUCCAUGUAAAAUAAACCUGAAUUCCUUCAGUGUUAACAAUUUA